UUUGAAUUAAAACUGUUCUCGCCUUGUUGCGCAGUGGACGACACUCGAGUAUUUCCAAAAGAUUCAAAAUGGCGGGCUCAAAUUAUAUUAGUGGAGUCCAAACAUGGACCUUCGAAGAAACAUCUUUGGGUCUGGCGGCUGUUAUAAUUUCAUACCUAAUAUUGGUGCUGAAGAUAUUACCAAGUUUCAUGAAAAACAGACAGCCUUUACACUUGAAAAAAACAUUGCUCUUUUAUAACAUUUUUCAAGUGUUUUUUUCUUUCUAUGCAGUGUUUUUGUACACAAGGUACAUAAUGAGGCAUGGCCUUAUAAUCACUCGGUGUCCUAAAGGUGAAGAUUUACAAGUGGUAAUAACUGAAAUCAUGCCGUACUUCCUAGCGAAGCACCUCGACCUAUUAGACACGGUGUUCUUCGUGCUUAGGAAGAAGGACAACCAAGUGACAUUCCUCCAUGUGUUCCACCAUGCACUCAUGGUUACAUGGGCAUGGUUCUACCGAUUCUACCACCCGACAGACCAUUUUGUCGUCGUUGGAUUGAUCAACAGUUUUGUACAUGUUUUGAUGUAUGCAUACUAUGGGAUUUCGUCGUUAGGACCGGACUACGCUAAAUAUGUUUGGUGGAAAAAGCACUUAACUAAAGUUCAGUUGAUCCAGUUUAUCCUAGUGGAAGCCAGUCUAUACUUCCAACAGAAGCUGACGCCGUGUCCCAUACCGAGCUUGUUCCAUUACUUCAGCGUUUCCAGCAUUGCUUCCUUCUUUAUUCUGUUCAUGAACUUCUAUUUGAAAAGUUACUUUUCUAAAUCCAAGAAGAAAACUCCGGAGAAAGGCGUAGAGAAGAAUGAUAUGUUUGUAUGCGCAAUAAAAUCGAAGUAGGUGACAAAAUUUGGA